AUUUUAGAAUAUGGAUUUUUGAAAGUAAAUUAUGCGAAAAACGCUUUUAACCACUGGUAUCAUAUCUUAUGGUGGUUUGUCACUUUUAUACUUGAAGCGAAGCAGAUUCAUUCGAAAUUUGAAUUUUACAUAUUAUAAUUCACACCGCAAAAUGAGUAACAUCGCAAAUGGGGGUGGAGAUCCAGCUCCACCGAAAAAGGGCGGCGGAGGUUCGAUUGAGAAAAUGUAUCAGAAAAAAUCACAAUUGGAGCAUAUUUUAUUGAGACCCGAUACGUACAUUGGUUCUGUUGAGCGAGUUGAAGAACUGCAAUGGAUUUAUGAUACCGAACAAGAGAGGAUGGUUCAGAAACAAAUAUCAUUUGUACCAGGCUUGUAUAAAAUUUUUGAUGAAAUAUUGGUAAAUGCUGCUGAUAAUAAACAGCGUGAUCCUAAAAUGGAUAUGAUUAAAAUUGACAUAAAUCAAGAAGAAAAUUUGGUUUCUGUUUGGAAUAAUGGAAAAGGUAUUCCCGUAGUAAUGCACAAAGAGGAGAAGAUGUAUGUUCCAACUAUGAUUUUUGGACAUUUGUUAACUUCUUCAAAUUAUAAUGACGACGAAGAUAAAGUAACUGGUGGUCGUAAUGGUUACGGUGCAAAAUUAUGUAACAUAUUCAGUAAUAAAUUUGUGGUGGAAACAUCAAGUGAAGAAUUUGGUUAUUGUUUUAAACAAACGUGGACAAAUAAUAUGACGAAGACUACCGAACCGAAAAUAAAGGCUUGUGUAGGAAACGAUUAUACAAAAAUAACAUUUUCACCAGAUUUAACAAAAUUCAAGAUGGAAAAAUUGGAGGAUGAUAUUGUUUUACUUAUGUCUAGGCGUGCAUAUGAUGUUGCUGCAUCAACUAGAGGUGUUAAGGUGUAUUUAAACGGAAAAAAAUUACCAAUCAACAACUUUAAAGCUUAUAUUGAUCUUUACUUAAAAGGUAAAGAAGAUGACACAAGCCAACCAUUAAAAGUAAUUUAUGAAACUGUGAACGAGCGUUGGGAGGUGGCUGUAACAAUAUCUGACAAAGGUUUCCAACAAGUAUCGUUUGUAAACAGUAUUGCAACCACAAAAGGUGGCCGACAUGUGGAUAAUGUCACCGAUGGUAUCGUAAAACAGUUAAUUGAAGUUUUGAAGAAGAAAAAUAAAGGUGGUGUACAAAUCAAACCUUUCCAGGUAAAAAAUCACAUGUGGGUGUUUAUAAAUUGUUUAAUCGUAAAUCCAACAUUCGAUUCUCAAACAAAAGAAAACAUGACCUUACAAGCGAAAAGCUUUGGUUCAAAAUGUACCUUAUCUGAAAAAUUUAUCGCAGCUGUAGCAAAAAGUGGUAUUGUAGAAUCAGUAUUAUCAUGGGCUAAAUUUAAAGCACAAAAUGAAUUAGCCAAAACCAGUGGUAAGAAGAAUGUCAAACUAAAGGGUAUUCCAAAAUUAGAGGAUGCAAACGAAGCUGGUACUAAGAACGCAUACAAAUGUACAUUAAUAUUAACGGAAGGAGAUUCAGCCAAAUCAUUGGUUGUAUCUGGUUUUGCUGUUAUUGGACGUGAUUAUUAUGGUGUAUUUCCGUUACGUGGUAAGCUGUUAAAUGUACGCGAAGCAACGCAUAAACAAAUUUUAGAGAAUGCUGAAAUUAAUAAUAUUAUUAAAAUAUUGGGUUUACAAUAUAAAAAAAAAUAUAAUUCACCAGAAGAUUUGAAAACUUUACGUUAUGGUAAACUCAUGAUAAUGACAGAUCAGGAUCAGGAUGGAUCACAUAUUAAAGGAUUAUUAAUUAAUUUUAUUCAUCAUAAUUGGCCAGAAUUAUUGCAGCAAGAAUUUUUAGAAGAAUUUAUUACACCAAUUGUAAAAGUAACUAAAAGUAAUCGAGAAUUAUCAUUUUAUUCGUUACCAGAAUUUGAGGAAUGGCAACGCGAUACACCAAACUCCAAAUCUUGGAAAGUAAAGUACUACAAAGGUUUGGGUACUUCCACAUCAAAGGAAGCAAAAGAAUAUUUCACAAACAUGUUAAGACAUCGUAUUAAAUUCAAAUAUGAAGGUCCAAAUGAUGAUUUCGCUAUAACACUUGCAUUCAGUAAAAAAUGUAUUGAAAAUCGUAAAGAAUGGUUAACUGAUCAUAUGGUCGAAAGUCGUCGACGUAAAGAAAUGGGUCUUACUGAAAGAUAUUUAUACAACAAGGAUACAAAAGAAAUAACAUAUGCACAAUUUAUUAACAUGGAAUUGAUUUUGUUCUCGAAUGCGGAUAAUGUACGUUCAAUUCCAUCAUUAGUGGAUGGUUUGAAACCAGGACAACGUAAAGUAUUAUUUACAUGUAUUAAACGUAACGAUAAACGUGAAGUAAAAGUUGCACAAUUGGCUGGUAGUGUUGCCGAAUUAAGUGCAUACCAUCAUGGUGAAGUCAGUUUAUGUAUGACAAUUGUUAAUUUAGCACAAAAUUUCGUUGGAUCUAACAAUAUUAAUUUACUUAUGCCCAAUGGUCAAUUUGGUACAAGAUUAAACGGUGGUAAGGAUGCGGCAAGUCCCCGUUAUAUUUUCACAAAGAUGAGUGAUUUAACACGUUUAAUAUUUAAUCCACAUGACGAUCCACUAUUACAACAUGAAUAUGAUGAUAAUCAAAAAAUCGAACCUGUCUGGUAUAUACCAAUACUACCAAUGGUCUUGGUAAAUGGUGCUGAUGGUAUUGGUACUGGAUGGAUGACCAAAAUACCAAAUUAUAACCCACGUGAUAUUGUUAAGAAUUUACGUUUAAUGUUAGAUGGUGAAGAACCAAAAAAUAUGACACCAUGGUAUAAAAAUUUUACUGGUACUAUUGAUGAUUGUGGUGAUCAACGAUAUGUUGUUAGUGGUGAAAUAAGUAUAUUGGACGAUGAUAAAAUUGAAAUAACAGAGUUGCCAGUUGGGACAUGGACACAAAAUUACAAAGAAAAUGUUUUAGAACCAAUGUUACACGGCAGUGAAAAACAAAAGGCUGUACUAGCUGAUUACAAAGAAUAUAACACAGACACAACUGUACGUAUUGUUGUGAAAACAUUACCAGGUCAAUUAAGAAAUUUACAAAGUGAAGGUUUACAUAAAGUAUUUAAAUUGCAAUCGUCAAUGACUACAUCCAGUAUGGUUUGUUUUGAUGAAAUGGGAGUAUUACGAAAAUUCAACAGCGUAAUGGAAAUUCUGAAAGAAUUUUAUACACUACGUUUAAAAAUGUACGCAAAACGUAAAGAUUAUAUGGAGGGAUGUUUGGAAGCAGAGGCAAAAAGAUUGUCUAAUCGAGCUCGCUUCAUAUUAGAAAAAUGUGAUAGAAAAUUAAUUGUUGAAAAUAAACGGCGGAAAGAUAUGAUUGAAGAACUUGUUAAAGCUGGCUACGAUCCAGAUCCAGUUAGAGUGUGGAAGAAAAAACAAGUUAAUAAUGAUGAAGAGGGAGAUGAUGCUAAUGCAUCACAAGAGUCACAAGAUGAAGAUGAGGGAGACGAUGAAGAAAAGACUGAUGAACAACUUGAAAAAGAAUUUCAAGGAUCCGAAGGUGUUAAAAAUUUCGAUUAUUUGUUGGGAAUGGCAAUGUGGAUGUUAACUAAAGAAAAGAAGGAUCAAUUAUUAAGAGAACGUGAUAAUAAAUUACAUGAAUUAAAUGUAUUAAAAGCAAAAACACCGUCAGAUUUAUGGCGUGCUGAUUUAGAUAAAUUUUCAGAAGAAUUAAAUAAAGUUGAAGCAAAAGAACGUAAAGAUGAAGAGGGUGAAAUUAAAAAACUUAAGGGUGCUAAGUUAGCCGCAGGAAGUAGUGGAAGGGGUAAAGGAUCGAAAAAAAUUAAUUUGGAUGAUACUUUACCAAGUGCAAUUGGUGAACGUGUUAAACCUGUAAUUUCUGAAGAAAUGUUAAAGAAAUUUGCCGCGGCGACGAAAGGAAAGGAAAAUAAAGCGAAAAAACAAAUGAAUAUUUCCGGAUCAGAUCCUGAUAAUGUUGAUGAGUUGGAUAAAUUAGUGGAGAAAAAUUCUAAAAAAACAUUAGCCUCAAAACUAGCCAAGGGAGCAAGUACUGAAAUUACGGAUAUUGGAGAGAAACCUAAGAAGGGUCGAACUGCUAAACCUAAAGAUGGUUUAAAACAAACAACUCUUACCUUUAAGAAAAAAGAUGAUGAUGAUGAUCCGCCUCCGCCCCCACGUCCUGCAACAGCACGACGAGCGGCAACGAAAGUGAAAAAUUAUAAUUUUGAUGAAGAUAAUUAUGAUAAGUUCUCUGAUGAUUCUGGAAAUGAAAUGUUAGUUGAUAAUCAUGGUAUAUCAAGUGAACAUCAAGUACAAACAGUAACAGCAGAUUCUGAUAGCGGUAGCGAAACCCCUCCUAAGAAUAACGAAUCAGCUGAAUCAUUAUUUGAUUCAUUGGUUGGUAGUAAUGCAAAUUCGAAAGACAAGAGUUCUGAAGAGAAAAAAGCAGAAAAACGUAAACGUGCUCCUAAAAAGAAAAUUGAUUCAGAUUCAGAUGCUUCAAUUCAAUCAAUUGAUGACGAUUCAAAUGAUGAAGCUCCGAAAAAACCUGCGCCUAAGAAAAAGAAAAAAUUAUUUACAGCAGAAAAAGAUACAGCACCACCUAAAGAAAAGAAAAAAGCUGCCCCACGUCCCCGGAAACCAAAAAAGAAAGACAGUAGUGAUGAUGAGUUUGAUGUAGAUAUAAUAGAAGCAUCACCAGUAAUAAAUCGACCUGGUCGUGCACGAAAAACAGUAGCUAAAUAUGCAUUAGAUUCUGAUUCCAAUUCAGAUUGAAAAUAAGUAUUAAAAAAUAUUGAUAAGUACAAUAUGAAAUCAAAGUGGACGUAAAUUUGUUGAACUUCAUGUUUUGAAGUUUUUAAUAAAAAUGACCACACACUGUGCGAAAUCGAAUCCAAAAAUUUUUUAUGAAUCAGUUUAUUAUUAUCCAAGGAAAUGGUCAAAUCACCGAAUUUUUAUUGUUGCUAGAGUUAUAUUGAACAGUUUUUCUAUAAUAAUAAUUUUAAGCCCUUUCAAAUAAAGAAACCAGUGAUUAUUUAUUUUAAAAGUGUUUUACGUCCCAGAAUCUCAUAUCAUCAUCACAUUCGUGUACAAAACGCCCUUAUGAUGCGCAAUGAACUUACUUUUAGUAUAUUUUAUUUAAAAUUUUAAAUAUAAAAUAAUUUUAUGAAUUCCCCACGACUUAUUGUAUAAUAUCUAAAU